AUGCGAGUAUCUGUCAUUCAGGAUCUCAGGGAAGAUGAAAAUGAGGAUGGGGAAGAAGAAGAAAAGGUCUUCCUCAAGCCUGUUAUUGAGGACAGAAAUAUGGAACUGGCCCGAAAAUGCAGUGAAAUAAUAAGUGAUAUACAUUAUAAAGAAGAGUUUAAAAAAUCUAAAGGGAAGUGCAUAUUUGUACCUGACACCCCACAGCUAAAACAUGUGAAAAGUCUCAGUGCCUUUAUUUCUGAGGUGAAGUAUAAAGGAGCUGCUAAGAAAGACCUUUCCAACUCUCUUUAUCAGCAGAUGCCAGCCACAAUUGACAGUGUAUUUGCAAAAGAAUUAACACAACUUCAGAGCAAGGUUCUCUAUAAACAAAAACAUGAUGCUGAGAAAGGAACUUCAGGUUAUGCACAUAUGAAGGAGCCUCCAGAUAUUAAGCAUGCCAUGGAAGUCAAUAAAUACCAGAGUGAUGUAUCCUAUAAGAAGGAUGUGCAAGAUACUCAUAAAUACACUGAAGUGCUGAACAGGCCAGACAUAAAGAUAGCAACUGAGAUAACAAAGAUAAUAAGUGAUGCUGAAUACAAGAAAGGAAGGGGAGAGAUGAAUAAGGAGCCUGCUGUACUUGGAAGACCAGAUUUUGAACAUGCUAAAGGAGUUUCAAAACUGUUAAGCCAAGUGAAAUACAAAGAGCAGUUCAGUAAGGAAAUGAAGAGCCACCAGUACAAUCCUCUUGACAGUGCUUCCUUCAAGCAAGCACAGAUUGCAUCCACCUUGGCAAGUGAUGUGAACUACAAGAAAGAUUUGGAAAGCCUACAUGAUCCAGCCUCUGAUCUACCAAACCUGCUAUAUUUAAACCAUACUUUAAAUAUCAGCAAAAUUCAUAGUGAUUAUGAAUAUAAGAAAUCAUUUAAGCAUAACAAGGGCUUCUAUCAUUUCACCCUGGAUACAGCUGAACAAAUCCAUCACAAAGAAAGUGCAGUGCUUCAAAGUCACGUCAAGUACAAAGAGAAUUAUGAAAAAUCUAAAGGCAGAUCAAUGCUGGAGUUUGUGGAUACACCAAUGUAUCAAGUUUCAAAGGAGGCUCAAAAGAUGCAAAGUGAGAAAAUGUAUCGCAAAGAUUUUGAAGAAGGGAUCAAGGGAAGACCAUCAAUGGAUUUAGACAAGACCCCGGAAUUCUUGCAUAUCAAACAAGUCACUAACCUUCUGAAAGAGAAAGAGUAUAGAAAAGAUUUGGAAGAAGGGAUGAAAGGAAAAGGAAUGACAGUGUUUGAAGAUACACCAGAUUUGAUUAGAGUGAAAAACGCAGCUCAGAUACUAAAUGAGAAACAAUACAAGAAAGACCUGGAAACUGAAAUUAAAGGGAAGGGCAUGCAAGUUGGUCCAGACACUCCUGAGAUAAGAAGAGCCAAGAAAGCUUCUGAAAUUGCAAGCAUGAAAGAAUACAAGAAAGACUUGGAGAAGGAAAUUAAAGGAAAAGGAAUGGGAGUGGGCACGGAUACUCCUGAUAUACAACGAGCCAAAAAAGCUUCUGAAAUUGUAAGCCAGAAAGAAUAUAAAAAGGAUCUGGAGACUGAAAUUAUAGGAAAAGGGAUGCAAGUUGGCCCAUAUAUUCCUGAAAUACAGCGGGUCAAAAGGGCUUCAGAAAUAGCAAGCCAGAAAAUGUACAAAGAUGAAGCAGAGAAGAUGCUCUGUAACUAUUCUGCUGUCCCAGACACUCCAGAGAUGGAGAGGAUAAAAAGUACUCAGAAAAACAUCAGUUCAGUGUUUUAUAAGAAGGAAGUAGGAGCUGGCACAGCUGUAAAAGAGACUCCAGAGAUUGAAAGAGUAAAGAAAAAUCAACAGAAUAUUAGUUCAAUUAAAUACAAGGAAGAAAUUCAGCAUGCAACAACUAUUUCUGAUCCACCUGAACUAAGGAGAGUUAAGGAAAACCAGAAGAAUAUUAGCAAUGUUCAGUACAAAGAACAGCUCUGCAAAGCUACGCCUGUGAGUGUCACCCCUGAGAUUGAAAGAGUCAAGAGGAAUCAAGAGAAUGUCAGCAUGGUUCACUACAGAGAGCAGCCUGGCAAAGCUACUGCUAUGAGUGUCACUCCUGAGAUAGAGAGAGUCAAGAAGAAUCAAGACAAUAUCAGCUCGGUCAAGUACAGCAGUGAUCAGAGGCAGAUGAAAGGUAGACGUAGUGUGCUUCUAGACACACCUGAGCUAAGGCAUGUCAAAGAAGCACAAAACAACAUCUCAAUGGUAAAAUACCAUGAAGAUUUUGAGAAGACAAAGGGCAGGGGCUUCACCCCUGUGGUAGAUGAUCCUGUAACAGAGCGGGUGCGGAAAAACACCCAAAUUGUGAGUGAUGCAGCAUAUAAAGGUGUGCAUCCACAUAUUGUUGAAAUGGAUAGAAGACCUGGAAUAAUUGUUGAUCUUAAAGUUUGGCGCACAGAUCCUGGCUCCAUCUUCGACAUUGAUCCUCUGGAGGACAAUAUUCAGUCUAGGAGUCUGCAUAUGCUUUCUGAAAGAGCAAGCCGUUACAGUAAGCAGUAUUUACAUUCUACCAGUUUGGGAGAUUAUAAAUCAGAUGGCUCUGACACGAACCCUACCUUUUCUUACUGCAGUGAGAUAACAAGGCCAUCUGAUGAAGGAGCCCCUGUUCUCCCUGGGGCAUAUCAGCAAAGCCAGUCCCAGGGAUAUGGAUACAUGCACCAGACCAGUAUGUCAUCCAUGAGGUCCAUGCAUUCACAGCCUCAUUCAGCAGGUCUGAGAACAUACAGAGCUAUGUAUGACUACAGUGCUCAAGAUGAAGAUGAAGUUUCCUUCAGGGAUGGUGAUUAUAUCAUCAAUGUGCAACCAAUUGAUGAUGGCUGGAUGUAUGGUACUGUUCAGAGAACUGGGAAAACAGGAAUGCUUCCAGCAAAUUAUAUUGAGUUUGUUAACUAAUUUUUGUGUCUAGUCCUUUGAGCUUUAUUAUGAUUUACUCAAAACCUAACCCUUUAGAAAAAGUCAGAAGAAUCUUUUAAGAGUACAUGUUCAUUACUUUAACACUGCUGUAACAGUCUGCAUUCUCACUCAGAAUCCAGUUUAGAGUCCUUCAAAGUAAAGAUAAAUAAUCAACAAGAAGCUCAGAGCUUUGAAAAGAGCAUUGCAUAUAAUAGCGCUCCCUCAAAAUGAAAAACAUAUAUGGAAGCCUGGUGCUGCCAAUCCUGUAAAGGUUUUAGUCAAUUAGUUGUAAAGGGGAAAUACCUUUUCCCUACACCUCAAAGACAUUAUUUCUCUUUAUAAUAACAACCAUAAAAUCGAUUCACUUCUUAUGGCACUCUGAAGUCACAGGAGGUUAACACACUGAGU